AUGAAAUUCGUUGUGGGACCACACGGUGAAAGGCGUCAGCUCGAUCCCCAUUCAAACCACAUUGGGCCUGUGCAGCCGGGUAGUCCAAAAGCGGGCAGAGUAAUCGAACACAAAGUUGUACGUCGGAAAGGAAUCGAAAAGUCAAAACUCAAAGGAAUCACCAAACACGAGAGAACGGUGUCCGAAAUGAGCGUAGUGUGGGAUAUGUUUACUAGGAUAUGGGAUGAAGAGGGUAACGGAGUUGCGGAAUGUAAAGUGUGCAAAAAGACAAUGAAAAUACCUCACUCGAAAACUACCACGAAUCUGCUGUUGCACCUUAGCGAGAACCACAAAGUGGAGCUUGAGAAAGCCAGGGAGGAAAAGAAGUCGAAAAUUCCUGCAAAACCGGUCAAGCAACCGUCAAUUCGUACCGCCUUUCUCCCUAAGAUGAGCAACGAGACGCGACGAGUAGUCAACACUCACUUAGCGAUGCUGAUAGCAGAUAAAUCGUUAUCUCUAUCACUUCCGACGUCGAGAACGUUCCGGAAGUUCGUUCAAUCGCUGAACUCGUCGUAUACGCCACCUUCGAGGAGCACUUUGGUGAAUAUCAUGCAUGAGAAGGUCAAUGAGAUUGAUCAGGAGAACAAGGAUUUACUGUCAAAUGCCGAGGCUGUGGCAAUAACUGCUGAUUGCUGGAGUUCAUUCAAUUGUAAUGCAGGACUACUCACCAUAACAGGACAUGUUGCUGGACCAGGUCACACCUCUCGCGCAAACGUAAUACUCGACUGCGUAUCACUUGGGUUUGAAAGUCACACCGCUGAUGUCAUAUCUGGGCAUAUACGAGCAAGUUUGCAAAGAUUAUCUGUCGACGGUGAAAAAAUCUGUGCCCUGGUAGCGGACGGCGCUUCAAAUAUGAAGAAAGCAGCUGCAGAGCUUAAUGUGAAAUAUUUGCAAUGCGGUGCGCAUCUUAUCAAUCUUGCAGUUCGAAAAGCUCUAAACUGCGAACAUGUAGCUCCUCUGAUAAAUAAAUGCAAGUCCAUCGUCACUAAACUAAAUCGUAGCAGUGUCCUGAAGGGAUUAUUCAGAAGCUACCUAGACGAAUUCAAUCUCCCUAAAAUCACACCAAGCAGCGAUUGUCCAACUCGUUGGGGGUCGACAUAUGCUAUGAUAUGUGACGUCAUUUCUACGAGAGCGGCCCUAGACAAGUUGAUGGAAAACCAAUCGGACCCUUUUGACGACGAAGAUAUUAAGUCAUUGAAGUCCGUCAAAGUUUUUUUGGAACCAUACUACGAACUAACAAAAAAGAUGUGCGCUGCGGAUGCCACUAGCUCUCUUUUACUCGCCGGGGGAAAGUUGUUGCUUGCGAAAACAGAAAGUACUUGCAACGAGCCUAGGACCAAAGUGAAACAAUUCGGAAAUAUUCUCCUUAUGGAGACAAGGCGUCAGUUCGCGCCGUCUUUUGCCGAUGAGACACUUCGAAUUUCAACUCUUCUUGAUCCGAGAUUUGCCUUUCUUGAGAGGAUCGCUUCCUCCGAGGAAUGGAAAACAAUUGUAGAAAGACUCAUUGAACUUAGACUAGGUCAUUCAAACAGCCAGGAAUCGCAGGCAGAGACCGUGGUGUGCACUGCGAAAGAGGGGACUACGUCAUUCUGGGACCCAAUCGCGGAUUCCGAAAAUGAACCAGUUACGAAAAGGUGCCUACUAUCAGAUAAAGGAGAAGAAAUGAUGAUUGAAAUCCAGCAGUAUUCAAUACUGCUGAAGAAGAAUCGCCCUGAGAAGAAUUUGUCACCUCUAGUGUGGUGGAAGAGCCACUCCCAGGAAUUCCCGCUUCUAUCAAAAGAAGUCGCGCAAUUUCUUGUAAUACCUGCAACAUCUGUUGAUUGCGAGAGAUUUUUCAGUCUUGCCGGGAUAGUGUAUGGAAAUAAAAGGCGCGGGCGGCUGAGUGGCGAACACGCACGACUUCUGCUGAUGUGCAAGUGCUACGCUAACAAGGAAGUCGGAAGGGAAUGCAAGUUUUGGAACGCAAGCGAAGUAAGGCGUUAUGCACGAACAGUUGAAGAAGAUGAUGACGACACGUCUUCCUCAGACAGUGCGAACGACGACGCCACCACUACUUCUGACCAAGAUCUUGAACUCGAUGAUCUCGAAGAAGUCGAAGAGGUCCUCUGAUCUGCAUCAGUUUUGCAAAUUAUUUUAUGCAUCGUUUUGUUAUGAUUAUUACCAUCAAUUUUGAUCUGUAUUACCUGAUUUGUUCUGCAGGAAUAUGUUGUUUUGUUGCCUUUCUGACCGAUGGUCUGGUUUCUUGAU